AUGGAUGGAGGCGCGAUCCAGCGUCCGGUCAGGCCCGAAUCAGAGCAACAAUGGCGACCGCCCCUCUUGCCCGCUUCCACAGCUGCCCUCCCUCCUCGGUCAGAUGCUCUGGACUGCUGAAACCGUCCGCGCCUCGUCCGCGACUGCAGAUACGCUCCUCUGGUAGUCCCAAUCCUCUCUCAUUCUCUCUCUCUCUCUUUCUCUCUCACUCGAUUUUCGAGUUUGUCGUCGCGAAUUGCUGCUUUCGUAUUUUCAUCUUCGAGUCGGAGGCUUAUUCUAUGGAGAAACCCUAAGUUGGUCGCUGGCUGCUGGCAUCACAGCUGGGGAAGCUGUAGUGCAUUUAUGUUCGGGAACGAUCCAUGUGAAUUGUACGCCUUCUAGUGGAGUGUGGCUUAAAAAUGCCAGUUCAAACCGCUCGCCGGUGUAUUCUGAUUGCUGAAAAGUUUGAAAAAGUCAAUCGCGCUAUCGGCGAACUGGACUGUCGUGCACGUUAAUUCUCUUGGAAGAUCCAACUGGUGGGAAAUAUGUGGAAGUUGUUCUCGGAUGAUGUUGACAUUAUAUGCUGUCGUAUGAGGGCUGCGAACACCUGUGCUUCGAGCGCAUAUGUGCCCCUUGCUGAACCAUGGGAAUGUUAAGUUUGCAGUGAACGCUGCAAAUAUUGUAGUAAUAACAGUAAUGGAUUUAAUCGUGGCAGAUAUUUAGAUUGCACAUUUGGGUGCUAAUGAGCAUCUUGCGACUGCAGCAUCUGGAACGGAUGAGAUCUCAGAUAGCUGUUUCUCAUCGAAGGCACUGAAAAGUGUCACUUGUGGCCUGCUUGCUGCCUGGGUUGUGACCACCGCCUCCCCAGUUGUUGCUGCAAAUCAGGUUAGAACUGCCCCGGCUCGUUUUAUCUCCUUUUUUUUUUCUCAAAGAGAGGAUAAAUCUGAUCUUUGAAUGCUGAGUUCUCAUAUACAAGCAGCUUUUCACAUUGGUUAGAAAAAACUGAAGAAUGCAUUUCAGUUCUCAACAUCUCUAACAGAAUAGAGGUAUGAUUACACGGAUUGAGAAUUUGCACCUUUCCCGGAUCGCAGAGUAGGGGACCUUUCAUAACUUUGUGGGACCAUCGAAGUUUACAAGUGUUGGCAUCUGCAACGUUAUUAGACACUGUUGGGUAUAAAUAGAGUUUAGACCUUUUUUUGUAUCUAACAUCAGAAGGCAAUCUAAGCUAUAAGAAGCUAUUUGAACGAAGAAUAAUUUGGUAGCAUACCCAAUUUAACUAAAAAAAAGGAACGAAAAUCUGCUUCUGAAAAUAAACUUUUUUGAUGUGUAGAAUAAUAUACUAAUGCCUAGAUUUUGUUAUAAAACUAGAGUAAGUUUUCAUAUCAUCCUAGCAGAUGUAUAUGAUGCAUUAUCCUAAUAAAUUUUGGCCUGAAAUUCGCUAUCAUAACAGUAUCAAGUUAGCUUUUGGAAUGACGGAAUGUAGCUAUUUCCCUUUCUUUUUUUUUUUCUGGAUUUGUAGAUUCCAGCAAAGUUGCGAAGCAGUUACUCUCUCAUUCAUCCUGUAGAACAUUCAUUUAUCAUAAGAAGGUUUGGCUGAGUGCUCUUUUCCAGGCCUUAUGCUGAUGCUGAAUUUAAUGCCAUUCCUCAUGUUAACUCAAGGCUUCCCAUUCAUAAACCUGGAAUUAUGUAGUUCUGCAUGUUUGGAGUACUCACUUCCUGAAUUCUGCCACCUCUUGGACAACACCCAUGGCAACGUAUUGCUAUUGAUUCCUUCCAUCUCCCCAUCCAUUAGGGGGAGGAAACCGUGACUGAAGUGAGAAAGAGAAACUGGUACAUCUCGUCUGGACUACUCGUGUUCAUUCUGCUAGUUAUCAUCUGGAACAUAUCUUUCCCAUUUCACUACGUCCGUUGUUUGUUGAUCUUCUUCUUGGUCUGCAUUGCAGAGGCUGCCACCGCUCUCGACGGAGCCGGAUCGGUGUGAACGUGCAUUUGUUGGGAACACAAUUGGGCAAGCGAACGGCGUAUACGACAAGCCACUUGAUCUUAGGUUCUGCGACUACACCAAUGAGAAAUCCAACCUCAAGGGGAAGUCACUGGCGGCUGCACUCAUGUCAGGCGCCAAAUUUGAUGGCGCCGACAUGACAGAGGUCAUCAUGUCCAAGGCAUAUGCUGUCGGAGCAAGCUUCAAAGGCAAGGACGACAUAUCUCACUUCUCAUCUUAUCUUUCGAUUAAGGUUUUCCGGUCCAUUUCUUGUUAUUUUCAAAAAUUAUUGUAAAGAAGUGGGGAUCUUAAAGGCUUAGUCAUACAAGAGGACAUGAUUUUUUUUUCCAUUAAUCUCCACCUUGUCGAAGAUGUUAACUAGGCAAUUGAUGAUCUACUUGCAUAUAAAUUAUCAGAAAAUCUUCUAAGUUUAGCUGGUUUUGCGUGGUCAAAAUUUAUGUAAUUGUCAAUUAUUCUAUUGGAAAAACAAAGAAGCUCAAACCUCACAUCUUUUUUCUUUUUUUUUUUAUAAAUCCUCAUCCACACAGACCUUUGAUUUUCCAUAUUUUUCCCUCGAAUUUAUGAUUUAAAUAAUUGAGGAUAUCACACGAAGUUAUGAUCAUUAGAACAAAAUGAUAGAAUGAAGGUGCAUGACUGGACAAAUUUAUUCAAGCUGGUGCAUUCAGAUUCUGACCCGAGACCAACAUCCCUGUGAAAAGGCCCAGAACUUAUAAGCUGUGACCAUCGAUACUGUCUCACUGGUGACUGUCCUCGGUGAUGCAGGCGUAGAUUUCUCGAAUGCUGUUCUUGACCGGGUCAACUUUGGAAAGGCCGAUCUCCACGGGGCAGUGUUCAAGAACACCGUGCUGUCGGGCUCCACCUUCGAGGAAGCCCAGCUGCAGGACGUGGUCUUUGAGGACACCAUUAUCGGCUACAUCGACCUCCAGAAGCUCUGCACAAACACGACCAUCACCGCAGACGGUAGGGCCGAACUGGGUUGCAGGUGA